AUGAAAUUCUCAAUCUUUGCCGCAUCAGCAGCCAUUGUUGCUUCAGUCUCAGCUGCUCCGGUCGCCCGUGACGGCCAAACUGUCCCAGACCUCGUCGAGAAGCUCGGUUUGACCCAAGACCAAGAGGCUGCUGUUCCACAACUUCUCAAGAACCUCGGUCUCGCUCCAACCAAGCGUGACGGUGAAGCUGUCCCAGACCUCCUCGAGAAGCUCGGCUUGACCCAAGACCAAGAGGCUGCAGUCCCACAAUUGCUCAAGAACCUCGGUCUUGCCCCAACCAAGCGUGAAGCUGCUAUCUCUUCAUUGCAAGCUGGUCUCUAA